AUGGAACGAGAAGAAAUAAGUAAAGGGUAUGUCUAUUGCUCUCACUGUGACAACGUGGUAUCACGUUCGACCUGCAAGAGGCACGAAAGGAAAAGAUAUUCAUUGGACGCAAAGACUGAUCACGCUACAUCUUCACGAAAUAAUGAAUGUGAGUACACAACAGCGCCAGCAAUUAAUUAAGCUUUUAUGCAAUUAUAAUUAAUGUGUGUAGGUACGUAGUCACUCAAAUGAGCCAUGCUUUAUCACUUCUAUUUCAAUACAGUUGUCCUUGAAGAAUCCUCUGUUGUUCAGGAAUUAUCUUGGAACGAUUUAACCAUCAGAAAUAAUAAGGGCGUGCCAUCACCAGACAGUCAAGGUGAGCAUAAAAUAAAAAUGCACCUCUCUGGUGACCUCUAAAUAGACUAUUUAAUUUGUGCGAACCAGUAAUCAUACUUGACAUAUAUAAAAUAUGUUUGACAAAUAUAAAUGAGGCAUUUGGUGGGUUCACACUAGGCACUAAGUCUGUCUUAGCCUGAGUCAAGCCAAGUCACCCUAAGUCCGCUUAAGCGUUCAGACAUAUCUAGAAGACAAAUUGUUUCCGAGCAAAGCUGUCAUCAUUAACGAUAAAAAUAACAGAUAAGGUAACUAACAUCAUAAAUGUGGUGAGGUAGUCACAAUCCAUUUUAGCGAAGAAGUUGAGAUCAAAAUGAGACCGAGAAGCCGUAAAAUCGCUGUAAUUGCGACUGUUGUCUGUUUAUUAAAUUUACAAAGGUUGAUCAGCCAAAUAACCUUACAAAAUCUUAUGUUUCCGUGCUUCAGAUCUGUUGGGAAAUCGGCGAGGAAUAUCAUAAGAAAAGAAAAUGACACUUAGGUAGGCCAAUAAAAAAAGUGAUCAAGCAACGCAACUUACGUCGCAUAAGGUGAAAAGUCGGUAGCGUAAUUGCCUCCUAACGUUUCGUCCUCUCGGCGAUGCAUCCUCGGUUAAUUUUGUUCACACCUGUCAUUUUCACUAAGUCGACUUAAGAGAUUAUUAAGUCAGACUUAGUGGUCUAAUGUGAACCCAACAAUUGUUGUCCUUACCGACUUCAGCAAAAAACCGCAAAAGAGACAGACUUAUGUUAACUUUCAGAAUUUUGCCUUCAAGAACCCUCUCUUGCCGAUGCGGCAUCUUCAAAAGAAUUAACAUCUCCAGAAGACGAAAAGGUGAGGUGUUUUGGAGGUCGAGCAUACAUUUAACAAUAGAAAUGUACCGGUAAUAGAUGUAAUAAAAGAAACUAUAUGCUAUUACGAAGGUAUCGUUAUGCAUGGCCCCGCUUACCAUUACUCCAGCAUUUUAUAUUAUGAACGGUUUAAGUGAAGUUUGAGUGCUCAGCGAUUCCCGAAAUUAUAGCAUUCAAAGUGUAGUUUGAUUUUUUUUUAGACUUCGGAAAUUGGUCAUGAAGUCUUUGUUUAUUUUUAACUGAAGUAGAGGAUGUGAACGAUAUUAUGGUUGGAUUAUGUUUCAGUGGAAAUGAAUAAGAAAAAGUGGAUGUGAAUAUUUCAGGAAAUUGAAAAUAACUUAUAGCUUUGUGCGCAGCAACCUGCGCUUUUCUUUGUCGUGUAGACGCCUGGAACCCUGGACGCUUAUUAAUUAAGUUCGGCGAACUAAUUUAAUUCAACACCCAAUGCGCGUAAAAGAAAACUGUUGAAAGCAUAUACAUAACUGGGACUGACUUAAAGGAGAAAAAUGUUCUUGCCGGUCGGUGUUUCUGUAGUCAAAGCUUAAAAACAACAAAAGCUAAAGAAGAAAGAGGCUUUCCUCCUGCGAAGGGCACAUUCUCUCGGGUCUCUUUUUUGGGAUGCCGCGGGGAGUGUACAAAAACACUAUUAAAAGCGAUGUUUUCGAUUGAUGUUUUUUAAUAACUAUGGUUCUUUUUCUUUAUUUUAAUAGUCAGAUGAUGAUCCCAUGCAAAACGAGUUUCACUCUGAAAGUGACACCGACAGUGACAGCUGCACAAGAGAAAAGUGUAAAAGUGGUGACGAAAAGUCAUCUUCCUCCGAGUCAGAAUCAGAAGAAGUCUGGAGCGGAGUGUUGCCUGAGAUGCUGUCCAGAGACAUUGAAAAUAUACCAGCGUUACCCGAAGCGCAACGCCAGAAAACAGCCCUUCAAAAAGUAAAUUCGCUGGUUUUCUGGCUCCUUUAUUUUCUCCUACUCUGGCAAGCGACAUGCCAUUUAAGUGAUAAUGGCCUGGUCUGGCUUCUAAAAUUCCUUAUCUCAUGGCUCAAAGUUCUUGCCGUUGAAAUCUCCAGUGAGGUAUUCGAGAAUGUGCUUUUAAUCUUCCCUGGGUCGUUGUACCUCGUAAGACAAUUUCUAAAUUUGGACAGGGACGACUUUAACAAGUUUGUUGUGUGUCCCAAAUGCACAAAACUUUAUAAAUAUGACUCUUGCCUUGAGAUGGUUAACGGCCGGCAAGUAGCAAAAAAGUGUACUAACACUUAUUACUUAAGAAGAAGGAAGAUGGUUUGCAACGCUUCUAUGGUAACAAGAGUGACUCUUCAGAAUGGAAGGACUUGCUUCUACCCGAUUAGUUACUAUUGCGCCAGAAGCAUUAUCGAGGAGUUAGAAAAAUUUCUACUUCGGGAAAACUUCGCUUCGAAUUGCAAGUUAUGGAGAAACAGGGAAAUGAGAGGAGGCUUACUUGCCGACGUCUAUGACGGAAAUUUGUGGAUGGAAUUUCAAACUGUGAAUGGAACGCCAUUUCUGCAGAAACCACGAAAUUAUGGAUUCAUGUUAAACUUUGAUUUUUUUCAACCCAUGAAACACCGCAAAGAUUACUCUGUUGGAGUGUUUUAUUUAGCCGUUUUAAAUUUGCCUAGAGCUGAAAGGUUCAGAUGGGAGAAUAUCAUUGUUCUAGGCAUUGUUCCCUCUCUUGACAGGGAACCUAAGGACUUGAACCAGUUUUUAGAGCCUGUAGUAGAUGAACUGAAAGCACUGUGGAAAGGAGUUCGUUUAAGAUCUUGUCUCAGUAGAUUCGCAUUAACGUUUCGUGCAGCAGUUAUUAGCAUUUCUUCUGAUGUUCCGGCCACAAGAAAAAUCUGUGGAUUCAAGAGCCAUUCGGCGUUAGUUGGGUGCUCUCGCUGCUUAAAGAAAUUUCCCGGCGGCUUUGGGGAAAAAAGAGAUUAUUUGGGAUUCGAUAGAAACUCUUGGAGUCCCCGUACCAAUGAAGACCAUCGGCGCCAAGCAACAAAAAUUUCCAGGAGCAAAACAAAGGCAGAGCGGAAGUCAAUAGGGCAGAGUAGUGGCAUCAGCCACUACAGUGUCUUACUGGAACUCGAAUAUUUGGAUAUUAUAAGAUUCUGCACCGUAGAUCCGAUGCACAACCUCUUUCUAGGUACGUCAAAGAAAAUGUUCCAGCUGUGGAAUGAUUUGAAAUUAUUUUCCACGGGCCAGCUCAAAGAAAUUGAAGAGAGGAUAAACUCCAUAGAGGUUCCCAGUGAUAUCGGUCGACUGCCUAUGUGAAUAUCCAGCAAUUCCGGUUCGUACAUGGCAGAACAAUGGAAAAAUUGGACAGUCAUUUAUUCAAUUUACUGCCUUAAAGGUAUUUUACCAGACGAGCAUUUAAAAUGCUGGCAAACGUUUGUGCUAGCAUGCAAAUACCUAUGCCAAUCCGUGAUUUCUGGAACUGACUUGGACAUAGCUGACGGGACUCAAGUUCUGCAAGUCAGUAGAGACUCUGUACGGAAAACAUGUGAUCACACCCAAUAUGCACUUACAUAAUCAUCUCAAAGAGGUCAUACUCGACCACGGACCUAUAACUAGCUUUUGGUGCUUCAGUUUCGAACGCUUUAAUGGCAUAAUGGGCAGCACUACAACCAACAAGAGAUCGGUUGAGUUGCAACUCAUGAGAAAGCUCUUGAUAUCAAGGCAAUUAAAAGAUAUGAAGUUACCAGACAAGUACAAAAUUGAAUUUUUGGGUUUAUGUUCACCUUCGGGUAUGUCGGACAGUGAUGUUACAGAAGAAGUUCACCCUCACAAUUGGUGCGUCACACACGAGUUUCGAAAUAUUGCAACAAAGGCACCUCUUAAUGGUAUAAACUGGAGAAAUGAUUCCGGGGUUACCCGACCUUCCAGUUAUAAACUGGUUCAUUUGGAUGUGGAUGACGCGACAUUGUUGAAACAAGUUUAUAAAAUCCAGUACCCAGGAAGGGAGAUUGAAAUAGCCAAUCUGGCAGAAGGUAUACAGAAAUUUGGAACAAUAAAAAUUUGGUCAACUACAUAUGGAUCACAAAUGCAGCCCAGACAAAUUCGGUCUAGCAAGAUUUUAGCGUCCUGGGAGGCAGACAAUGGAGAAGUCCUUCAGGACAGAUUUUUGUUGUCUGCCGGGAUUGUACGCUACUAUUUCAAGCAUUCUAUUCAGCUGGGGGAUGAACAUCUCGCACACCACUUUGCCUGCAUGAAAUGGUAUAUACCACACAAACAAUCUACCAGUCUAUAUGGCAACCCAAUUAGAGUCUGUAAAAACAAAUUCCAUCGAGGAGGACCCUCGUCGUUUAUGCCAGUCCAAAGGAUCUUUUCAAGAUUUGCCUCGGCUGAACUGGAGUUUGAGGGACAAAAACAAGUUGUGGUGGCUCCCAUCAACAGGAAUGUUCACUUAUAAUAAAAUUUAAAGGGACUGUGCAAAAAUACAGAUAUGUAAGCUCGCAUGAAAAAUCUAGAACAAAUCCAGAUGGCGACCAGCCAUUUACUAGCUAAUUUUCUUGAAUUGGAGUGGCCAAUCAAAGGACACAGAAACACUUUAAUUUCCAGAAAACAGAAAUUGUUUCAUAGGCAAAAGUUCAUUUAUGAAAGGUGUAUUCCGGCAGGAUACUAAUUUAAUGUGGAUCACAAGUGCAAUCACUAAUCAGUGACAACAAUGAUUAAUCAAUGACUAAAAAUUUUGUGGACCUUUGGUUGGUCCCAAAUACAUGUAUUACAAAUUGAGUAUUGGCAAUAUUGAAUGAGUAAUCAACUGAUCAUUCACUGAUUACACAUUCACUAUCCACUAAUUACAUUGAUCAGUCGCUGAUUAGUUCUGCAUGGUACCUUGCAUCACUUUUAUGUCAGUUUGAACUUCAGUGUAAGGAAAAGUUCAUAUUUCACAACAAUUUAAUAUUAAUGACAAAAACAUGUAAAGUACAGCUGUAGGUACGCCUCAGCUUUCCUUUAUGUCACUGUAAAGAAAAAAGAAAAACAAGUCUCACAUUAAUUAAUUAUAAACCAUGCAUUGGGAAAGAGACUUUUAAAUGUUCCAAAAAUUUCCAUAGUGGAUCAGAAGAGGUCCUUGCCUACCCACACAGAAAACUUUUAUAUCUGAUUGGGACAAUUUUUUCCAAUAAUAUUGGUUUUAGUGUAGUGACAGAACUUUUCAAAGAUAAUGAACUAUUUAAAAGAGGUCAAGUAAGGGUCAAUAAAACAUGACUCACUGCAGCGGGUAUAAAGUACAGGUCACAUUCCACAGGUCAACAUACAGAUAGUAGCUUUUGUGAUGCAUGCUACAGAUAAAAAAACAAGGCCAAAUUGUGUCUCCUAGCCCUAAUCAAUACCCAAAGAUAUUUUCUGUCCCUAUAUGAGACCAGAAGACUUAAAGGUAGUUCAAAGUAUGAAGAGCAUAAAAGGGUGACACGCAAGAGUGGCCGCCAAAGAGAGGUAAUUAUGUAUUAAUAACAGACCAAAAAAUCAAGAUAAUAGUAAUAGUAACUUAAUAACUUCUAGAGCGCUAUUUACAUUCAAUGAUCAACAGUGCUUUACAACUUAAAUACUACAGUAAAAUUCAGAUUUGUAAAACUAAUUAUAUGCAUAUUAAUAAAAUAGAAUAUUUAUAAUAACAAUAAUUAACUUACAUAAGUAAUACUAAUAAGAGUGAAUGUCAAACAGGAUAUGUUUUAAAAGCUACACGAAAUAAAUAAGUUUUCGGCUAACAUUUAAAAAUAGCUUAUGACUGAAUAUCACGUAAUUCAGCCAGCAAACUAUUCCAUAAGUAUGGAGCAGCAGCAGAGAAAGAACUAUCACCUAACUAAUGUGAAAAACAUUUUCCCUUUAGGAGGGUCUGACAAUAAACUUUGAUAUGAGCCAAGAUUAUAUAUAAAUAUAGAUCUAGGCUUAAUGUUAAUUAAUUCUAUGACAUACUUGUGUGCAAAUCCAUGAAUAGCUUGAAAUGUUAAAAUUAAGAUCUUAAAAUGAAUACCUAUGUUGUACUGGUAACCAAUGAAGUUCAUAAAGCACGGGAAAAAUAUGCGAGUACUUUCUUAAUAAUAAUCCUCUUUUGUUUAACUAUUACAGAAUGCAGUCUCUUGUUUGCUUUUUGAUACACACCAUUGGAAAUUGCCUUUAGAUUAAAAAGAUAAAUGAUUGUCUUCUAUGUAUGGGCUGAAUAAUGUGAUACUAAUUAGAUAAAUACUAUAUAUAACUCAAGUGAAAGUGCCUUAUGAACCAUGUACAAUUCAGUGUUGCAUUGCCUACAAGUGGUAAUAAAUUCUGGCACAUUGAUCACCUACUCAAUCAUACUUCAAUUCUUUUUUAUGUUCAGAAGUUAACAAGGCGAACAUCUACUCUUGAGCUGGUCAAGUGGACUGAUCACCAUGAAAAGGGAAGGGCAGCAGAGGUCCUCGUCAUGGAUGCCAUGAGUAGUGAGGACAGCUGCUAUGAAGAUGAUGAAAAUGGCAAUGCUAAGGUUGCCAAGUAUGCAGUAAGGAAACUCCCUUGGGAAAGUAGGGCAAUGAAAAAAAUUAAGAAAAAACUGGAUAAAGCAUACAGGAAGAGGCUAUCCAAGAGGGCAACGGAGAGGAUUGUGGACAGAAUAGAAGCAGAGGAACUGUCAGAACGUCAGCCUCCAAAUGAAUUUCCUGAGUGGGCCCUAAAUGAUAUAGAAAGCUAA